CCUGUAUAGUGUAAAUUUACAAAUAAUCUUUAACAGGAAGUUAUACCAUAUCGGAUGUUCUACCAACCGUCGAUCACUUAAACUUAAUAACAGACGCCCCAAGCGGAGUUUUAUAAAUUUUACAUUAACUAGAAACGAGAAACCACACGACUCGUAUAUUGUGGCAAUGUUUCAUACUAAAAACAUGAGACGGAAAUUAUUUACAUUGAUUUUAAUCUUUGUGCAGAAGAGUGUUAUUAUUACGUCGUCAAGAAGUUGUAUGCCAGGCUAUGACAACUGUGUGCGCGUGUUUGACACGUCUGUGGAUUAUUCCAGUGCAAAGCAGAUUCAUAAAUGCGUUGCGCUGAGGAUUCCAUCAGUCAAGAACACUCCCAUUUGUGUUUACGAUCCUGCGAUAGAUAUUCAUGUUUCUAGAACUAUAAUAGCCAAUGGAAAUUGGGAAGUUGGAAACAUACAGAAAGUGCUAAGCAUACUUCAAAACGACCCACGUUUAGUAUUCUUAGACCUCGGCUGCAAUGUGGGUGUGUAUACCCUUGCCGUAGCUAAGUUUGGUCGACUAGUGACCGCUCUUGAUGCCAACAGGAAGAACCUUGAGAUGCUGACUACGUCACUUCAGAAGGGAAAUAUUACUGGAAUGGUAAUGCUGAUCUGGAACGCGCUCUCUGACAAAGCUGAAACAGUUGGAUUUAAGGAGGACAACAGAAAUAUCGGCGGCCUUCAAAUGGUGAGCGGAGUAUCCAACACAACAGUGUUAGGUGAUUCAAAUAGCUCUGUUGCCAUUUUACUAGACGAUUUAGUGCCGUUGUUCAGAAAUAAGUCUGUGUUUAUAAAAAUGGACAUAGAAACGUACGAGCUCAAGGCAAUGAUGGGAGGAAAGAAAUUCUUCGAACAGGUCGAUGUUAAGUAUUUGUUUAUGGAAUGGUUUCACCAUAAAAACUCAGAGGUUGGAAGUAAAAUAAUACAGUUUAUGACAGAAAAAAAGUAUACACCGUAUAACCCACUGACAUCAGAGCCGUUGAAAAUUAGAAACCGGAUGUCCUGGUCUGUAGAUAUAAUAUGGAUAAAGAAUACGAACUAAGUCAGCUGGCAGUUUUAUAGAACGUUAUGUGAUUGCAAGGCUCAAUUGUUCAUGGAAUUGUUAUGCGGCUAUCGACAGAUGACUUUUUUAUAUACAGUUCGUCAUUACCUAGAUGCCACAUUAAAUAAGCAAUCACCUUGUUAACAUGAUACGUAUUUAUUUCUCCCGACAUAACUAGUCAUUAUUACACCUGUAAUUUACGUUAACAUUUUGCCUUCAACAAGGAAGCAGCAGACAUAAUUGUGUAUUUAACAAACUCAAGCGAUAACCAGAUAUCUGAUUACAGGAGCAGGUUAUGUUCUUUCAGUCCCAUGCAUGUCCCAAAUAAUUGCUAGUUAUCAGUUCGCGUAUUAGCCUAUUGCUUCACACGAUUAUGAUAUUGUGCGAGAGAUAAUUUAAACUGUCACAACACGAGUUUUCCGCGUGAUUAGAAACAAACACGCUCCAUUGCAAUCAAAAUCAAUACUUUUCAAUAUGACUUGUUAUUAUUCUCUUCUAUCUUUGUUGGCAAAAUUUCUAAUGAUGACAAUGAUAUUGAUUUACGCGCGCCUACUGAGAUAAGCAAUGUUUGCAACGUUAUUAGACUUUUUGUAUUUUGUUUUGUAUAAAAUGUAAUUUGUUUUGUUAAUCUUUAUGUUUGUAUUUUAAACAAUUAAAAUUAAAGGUCAUUCCUCUAUUUUUAGCCACUUAAUUUGACCACGUAAUUGUCUGCUUCGCAUUGGUAAGACUGUAUAAGUCAUGACGGUAUAUUUAUUUCAAUGUCAACGUACGCUUCACUGCCAUUCAUUGAUAAUAAUUACUCCAUUCUUGAUUAUAAUUACCGUAACUUAACACAUUGAUGUGCGUUUUUACAUGUAAUAGCGCGUUGGAAGUGCACAUCGAUUUGUAAGGGAAUUGAUAUUCCUUUAGUCUUAUCAUAAAAAAAGGUUCGCAAUUGUUAUGUUUCAUUUGUUUGAGCAUUUAUAUUGAUAUCUUUGUGUUGUCUUCAUUACAUUGUUACAGUUACAUAAAUCAAUUUAAAUAAAACAAACUUGUUAUACCGUUAAUUUAUAUUUUUCGAAAACUAUUCGACUUCACAUGAUUUCAGUCGUAUCUGAGAUACGUAUUUGCACCUUAGGAAUUCUUAUCCGUAGACGGCAGUAUGCAGACGAGAAACCAUAUGAAUGACAUCACUGUUGACACGAAAUAUAUUAUUUACAUUUUCGGAUGACUUCAACUGUUUCAACCGAAACAAACAUAACCUUUAAUGACCUCGUGACUUGAGCUAAAUCGCUUCUUUCAAGGAUUUAAGGUUUUUGAAUGGGGUGAAAUAUCAUCCUAGAUAACGUGGUUAAAAUAUGUAUCCCUAAGUAUUACAGGUACAGUUCUGUGUACUAACUCGUUUUUAUACGUGUUUACCAAAUCACUUAAAGUCUGAGUAAUAGGUCAAUACCAUAACAUUAAAAACAACUUAUUUAACAUAACAAUAUGGCUUUCUUUCUUCCAAUAAUGCCAAACAUUACACUAACAAAUGCUCAUAAAUCGUACGUGCAUUGUUUAACUUUGUCAUGUCAUCGUUAUAAAUAAAACAUACAAACAUU